GUGCGGGUACACGCUGCCGUAGGUUCUCGUGCUCUCGCCGCUUUCUCCGGCGCGUGCCCUGCGGUUGCCAAAGCCCACGACCCUGUGCCGCGUACGUCGUGCUCGUGCACGUACCUCUCCUGGAACUUGAGGGCGGUUACCUUACUUAAAGCAUGCAACCGCCCCUUCCUUCCAUCACCGAGCGCAGUACACUCUUUCACCCUGACUCUCUCUCGGAAACAGCAUGGCCAUGGCCAUGGUAAUGCUGCAGCCCCUAUGCCUGCUCGUGUGCUUCCUGGUCGGUGUAGCGCGCUCGGAGUUGCCGGUUCUUCAGAAGCUCUGGUCAGGCGGUGCUGCCGAGAACGCUCAGACGCCACCGGGGGCUGACCGUACCCUCUCGGCCCCUAUCAUCGGGCACGACGGCCGCCUCAUCGCCUGCUCCGGGAAGAACCUCCUCGCGUUCGAACGGAACGGCUCCGUCGCCUGGAUCGUUCCCCUCGGGCACAGAUGCAACGAAGGCAUCGGCCCUGUCACCGAGGGAGGGAAGGUGUAUUUGGUGGCAGAAGACAAGGUCAUAAAGGUCACACCACAGAACGUGCACACUGCGGAGGCAGCAUCGGAGGUGUUCUUCAGCUACAAUGCAACACCGGGGAGGUCUGAGGAGAUCAUCGGUCUGUCGAUCAGUGGUGACUGGUCGUCUCUCUUCCUCACCAUCAGAAACCGGGGACUUUUCACGCUGUUGCUGUGCACCGGGGAGCUCCAAUGGAGCCUCGGGCCCAUGCUCGAUUGGUUUGGUUAUCGUUUGGGCUGCAAAAAAAACAUCUCCAACUGCUAUUUCGAUUCAGCUCCAGUUGUUGAUCACUGUGAGGGUGCGCUUUAUAUAUCGAACACUGAAGGCCAGCUCUAUUCCUUGUACAUUCAUAGCCGUCAGUACAGAUGGAUCCAGGACCUGAGCUCACUUGACAAAGCGAUGACAAUUGCACCAGGCAAUAGUGGGCGCCUAUACAUCAUCUUCCAAAGAAAGUCUAUUGUGGUGGGGCUUGAUGUUUCGACGGGAAACAUUUCAUGGCAGCAGAAUCUUGGUCCACUAAGUAAUGAGAAAAGCUUUCCAACAGUGGAUUCUAAUGGUUGGAUGUCAAUUGGCUCACUAGAUGGGUACCUCUACUCGAUUUCUCCUGAUGGCGACAUCAGAAAGUUUGUUGGAAAAACAGCCCACGAUUCAGUGAUCCAUGCAAGUCCAGUCCUUGACUGUUCAGGGUUUUCCAUGUACGUCGCACAGACAAUAAUGGAGGCAAAAUCAAUCCGAACAAUUGGUGACCAUACAUAUGUAUCGGCAAUGAAGCCAUCAAGGAUUUUGUUCACUUUGUUAGCACCGGCAACUGGAACAAUCUACUGGACUGGAGAGUAUCCUGGGGGAUUAUCAAAUUUGUUGUCCAGUAGUGACCUGAAUGAUUUUAUGGUAGAUGAGACUAUUCUUCUCACUGUUCUAUCUGCAGCAAGGAUUGGCAACACCCUGCAGUGCUACACGAGAAGGGAAAAGAUUGCUUGGACUUGCAGGCAAGCGAAAGCCAAUUUUUCCCAAACCGAUCCAGGUGAUCAUAACCUUGUUCUUGUGUUCUUGCUCUUUAAUCUCGUGGUAAUAGUAAUACAAGCAGUAGCUGUACGGUUUUGCUGCAUCUUUUGGAGGAAGAAGAAGCUCCAAGGCAAUGGCUUGCAGAAAUUCCUGCGGAAGAGGCGCUCUCUUCACAAUGAGAGGAGAGUCUUAGGCAAGAUGAUAUCAGAGCUAGAGCAGAAGGCGGUCAAAGACGCCUCUUCGAAUGAAACUCUGGAACAGCUGGGUGAAAUGGUGAAAGCUAAGGAAGGUGUGGAGAGGAGGUUGUACACAUCAUACAGCUUGGGCAGGGAUAGGCUAGGCUUGACACAAGGAUCCUCCAUCUUGCCACUGUACCAUGGCAAGUACAAGAGCCAUUCAUUUCACAGCUCACAGAAAGAGAGCAUUACAAUCUUUAACACGUUCAGCGACACCUCUACUUCUGGGAAUAGAACCAGCAGCUACUCUGACAACAGUGAGAGUUGCAGUGCUACUAGCUCUGGAGAUAUGGAUCUCGACGCGAGAUCUAGGUCAGCAGAAGAGGCUGGACCUUCCAACACUGCAAAUGUUUCUGAGGGAGUUCAGGAUGAGUGCCCAUCAGAUGUCAAAUCCCCGUAUCGUGUAUUCACAAAUCCGGUGUUUGUUGAGGAGCAUAUCACCGCAAGCAGUGGCAAUGUGUUGCCACAGAGGGAAGAACUGACGGAAACAAUGAAGGAUUUUAUACCCAGCAAGAGAAUUUGGCUGAAGAGGAGGCGAACUCUGUCUUUCAACUAACCGAAGUAACUUGACAAAUCCAAAUAUGAUGACCCUGUUAUUUGCAAGUUGCAACAAUGUCUACAUUUGCUGUUUACUGCUGUAAGAGGCCUUCCAACAAUUAGUUUGUCUUGAUUAUGCAGAAUAGUUCUGUUCUUAAAAAACUAGGAUAUUCAUUUUGCUAUCUUGGGCAGUUCAGUGUACAGGGUUGAUAUUGAAAUGCUUAUGGCCUCCAUUCAGAUAGCCUUCAGAAAAAUAUUGCUAACAGAACUGACAAGAAUGAACACUAAACAGUGAAGAACACCAA